AUGAAGUCAACGACCAAAUUCCGAGUUGUAAUCGCGGGUGGAUCUGUAGCUGGUCUUACUCUCGCUCACUGUCUACUCAAAAAUAACAUUGAUUUCGUCGUGCUGGAGGCCAGCCCUGUAGUUGCUCCGGAUGUUGGAGCAUCUCUUGGUCUUCUUGCAAAUGGCGGGCGUGUCCUUGAUCAGCUCGGUGUGUUCGAUGACGUUCAAGAGGAAGUUGUAUCCAUCAAGGAUGCUUUCUUUUGGGCAGCCGAUGGAAGUCUUAACCUAAAGUCGAACUAUCCUGAGGAGCUCAGGAAGCGACACGGUUACCCUGUUGCAUUCUUGCCACGCCAAACACUCUUAAAAAUCCUCUUUAAACAUCUUGGGGACCGGCAAGAUGUCGUGUUACCUAACAAGAAGGUUAUCCGUGUCGAGCACCACCCAAGCCAUGUCGUUGUUCAUUGCGCAGAUGGAUCCUCGUACGAGGGAGAUAUGGUUGUGGGCGCCGAUGGUGUCAGAAGUGUGGUCAGACAGUCGAUGUGGGAUUACAUGGAGAGCAAAGGACUCAAGAGCGAAGCCCAGAAAGAGCGCUCUACUAUGAGCUCAGAGUACAGCUGCGUGUUUGGAAUAUCGACGGCAACUCCUGGACUGGAUCCAAAAGACAUUCACCGAACAUACGGCAAGGGGUGGUCCUUCCUCACGAUUGCAGGAAAGGGCAACAAGUCUUACUGGUUCCUAUACAAAAAGAUGGACCGCAUCUACUACGGCUCUGACAUUCCUCGUUUUAAUAAGGCUGAUAUUGACGAACACGUUGCUCCAUACUUGGAUAGGCCAGUCAGUGGCUCUGUUAACUUUUCUGAAUUGUACAAACGCAGCACCUUUCGAACAUUCGUGGCAUUGGAGGAGGCAAACUUCAAUCAUUGGUGCAUUGACCGAUUUGCUUGUGUUGGCGACUCGAUUCACAAGAUGACACCAAAUUUUGGUCAGGGUGGUAACUUCGCUAUUGAAGCCUCUGUGACCCUAGCAAACCACCUUGCGAAGUUGCUUCAACGUUCCUCUCCUUGUCAGACCGAGGAUAUCCACCAAUGUACGCAAGCCUGGCAAGCUAGUCGCCGAGAGCGAGUCGACAACAUCUGUCGAUCUGCAUUCAACCUCACUAGGGUUGAGGCGAUGGCCUCCCCGAAGGAUAGAUUGCUCGUUCGCCUGAUUCCAUACAUGAACGCAAAGAUGAUUGAAAGCUUAUCUGCAACCCUCGGUGUAUCACCAAAGCUUGAAUGUGCACCCGAGACUGACAAAGCAUUACGAUGCUCGAUCCCAUACGAAACCGAUAAUCUCGCGUCAGUCGUCACAGAGAGCAUUUGGACGCGAGCCCUUUGGGGCAUGCCUUUUGUGGCUUGCAUCGCCAUCUCAAGCGGCACAAUGGGAGUUAUCCUCGCAAAGGUCCAACAAUUGAUGAUCCCAUACCUUGUUCAAGGAACGUGGAGUUCUAGUAACGGGGAGGUCCUUGACAUAAGGAAAGUUGUCUACCACAUCCCGUUCCUGGAUAACCUGCUACGACCGUUGAUUUUAUGCUUCCUUCCGUCGAUCAGCGGAUCCGAUCUACAAUCUAGAGCCCAGAUGAUUUCUUUCCUCGCUGAUGUAGGUGCGGUUUAUGGUAUUUGGAAAUUAGAAAGCUAUCGUAAAGCGAACGGCUGGUCAGAAGUGGCAGUCCCAAUUUCUAUGUCUUUGGCCUUCCAAAUAAAGGGAAUCGGUCUAUUGGCGCCUAUCUACUAUCUGCUGGAAUAUGUUCGUACGCCUCUGUCAAAAUUGUUGCCCAAGAGCCUGCGUGAAAUUGAACCGGCAGGGUCAAUAUCCCUUCUAGCUGCCAUGUCAAUUGGUCACUACUUGACCACUCUUGCCAGCUUCGUGGCCCCUACGCUGGACAGCCGGCGCUGGUGGAACGCAAUGUGGCAAAUCUUCCCCAUCACCGUUCCGUUGUUACAAGUCCCAUUUGCCCUACUUGGCAAAAAAUUCUGGCCCUCAACUAAAGCAUCUCCCAAAGAAAAAAGCCAAAACAGCAUGACUAGCACUCGGAUCGCAUAUGGCGGAUUUGCUUUGAUCUCUGCACUUUCUUUCAUCUACGCAAGACACUCAGCACCUGCAGAUGCAUCGCUGAUUAGCAUAUUUUGGCCUGGUCUUCGCGGUCAUCUUCUCCCUGUGACAUCUUUCCAGGAAGGCAUUGCACGGGCUUUGCAGUAUGAUCAGGUCACCUCUAUGGCUAGUGGCUUUUUCUGGCUCGCAUUGAGAUUCCGUGAGAUUAAGCAAUCUGGGGGUUCCUUCUCCUGGUUGAAGGCUAUCGGUGCGCUGGUGGCAACGACGUCCACAUUUGGCCCUGGAACUGCGUUUGCUCUUGGCUGGGGCUGGAGAGAAGAGCUCCUUCACAAACUAGCAACCUCCCAAUGA